UGCCAUUGACCCAGUUGCACCUCUUUGCUAAGCAGCCAGGCACCCCAAUAAAUAACUCAGCGGUAGGGUCAGGAUUUGUGCCAGCUAAAUGUUUGGAUGAGACUGGAGGGCACAGGGACACCUCUGGCUUUUCACCUGAAACAUUUAGCCACCCAGUGCAUAGAGGGACACUGCUUGGAGGACACCUCAGUGAACUUGGGACACCCCCAGUGCCUGGAUUAUGGGCCCCCUUUCCGGCCCCCGCUGCACCUCGAGUUUUGCUCUGACUACGAGUCCUUCGGCUGCUGUGACCAGCGGAAGGACCGCCGCAUCGCUGCCCGGUACUGGGACAUCACGAACUACUUUGACCUGAAGGGGCACGAGCUGUGCGGAGGUUACGUUAAAGACAUCCUUUGCCAGGAGUGCUCGCCCUAUGCAGCCCACCUCUACGAGGCUGAGAACCCGCAGACACCCCUCCGGAACCUUCCCGGCCUCUGCUCUGACUACUGCUCAGAAUUCCAUUCCAACUGCCACUCUGCCAUCUCCCUGCUGACCAAUGACCGUCGCCUCCAGGAGUCCCACAGAAAGGAUGGCGCACACUUUUGCCACCUCCUCAACCUCCCCGACAAGGACUACUGCUUCCCUAAUGUCCUGAGGAGUGACCAUCUCAACCGCAACCUGGGUGUGGUAGUGGACCGUCAGGGCUGCCUGCAGCUCUGCCUGACGGAGGUGGCCAACGGGCUAAGGAACCCUGUCUGCAUGGUCCAUGCUGGGGACGGCACCCAUCGCCUCUUUGUGGCCGAGCAGGUGGGGGUGGUGUGGGUCUAUCUGCCUGACGGGAGUCGCCUGGAACAACCCUUCCUGGAUCUCAAGAGCACUGUGUUGACCACCCCAUGGAUUGGGGAUGAGCGAGGCUUCUUGGGGUUGGCUUUUCACCCCAAAUUCCGCCGCAACCGCAAGUUCUAUAUCUAUUAUUCGUGCCUGGGCAAGGAGAAGGUGGAGAAGAUCCGGAUUAGUGAGAUGAGGGUUUCUCGAGCUGACCCCAACAAAGCUGACCCCAAAUCAGAGAGAGUCAUCUUGGAGAUAGAAGAACCAGCGUCAAAUCAUAAUGGCGGACAACUUCUUUUUGGCCUGGAUGGCUACAUGUAUAUAUUCACUGGGGAUGGAGGGCAGGCUGGAGAUCCAUAUGGCAAGUUUGGAAAUGCUCAGAACAAGAGUUCUCUGCUGGGAAAAGUGUUAAGGAUCGAUGUGAAUGGGGCAAGGUCAGACGGCAAACGGUACCGCGUUCCCCAUGACAAUCCGUUUGUUUCUGAGCCAGGGGCCCACCCUGCUAUCUACGCCUACGGGAUCAGAAACAUGUGGCGCUGUGCUGUGGACCGAGGGGACCCCGUCACUCACCAGGGCCGAGGCCGGAUGUUUUGUGGCGAUGUGGGACAGAACAGGUUUGAAGAAGUCGACAUCAUUGUUAAAGGCGGGAACUACGGCUGGAGGGCGAAGGAGGGGUUUGAAUGUUACGACAAAAAACUUUGUCACAAUACCUCUUUGGAUGACAUUCUGCCAAUCUAUGCUUAUGGCCACGCAGUGGGGAAGUCAGUCACUGGAGGAUAUGUCUACCGUGGGUGUGAAUCCCCAAACCUCAAUGGCCUCUACAUCUUUGGAGACUUCAUGAGUGGUCGACUUAUGGCUUUGCAGGAAGAUAGAAAAACCAAGAAAUGGAAGAAACAGGACAUUUGCUUGGGCAGCACGGAGUCCUGUGCCUUCCCAGGGCUGAGCAGCACUUACAGCAAGUUUAUCAUCUCUUUUGCUGAAGAUGAAGCAGGGGAGCUCUACUUCCUGGCCACCUCUUACCCAAGUGCCUACACACCACAUGGAUCUAUGUACAAAUUUGUUGACCCAUCAAGGCGAGCACCGCCAGGCAAAUGCAAAUACAGGCCAGUGCCGGUGAAAACCAAGAGCAGGCGGGUCCGGUUCAGACCACUUGCCAAGACAGUUUUGGACUUGCUGAAGGAGCAAUCAGAGACAGCUGCUAGAAAAUUAUCCAACGUAACUUCAGCUUCCCAUCCCCACCAGGCCUCAUCUCGGAGAGGCUCCUCCAAGAAGUCAGCUUCUUCCACGAGCAGCAGGAAACUGUUUCAAGGGCCUGGUACAAAAAAGAGAGCCAGAGUGUGGGCUCCAGGGCCCCAGGGGGAGAGAAAGAAGAGCCUGAGACCCCAGAGAGGCAGGGGAAGCCCGUCAGCGCAGUGGAGAGCUGGCAGAAGCCUCCCCAGGCCUUUUCUGUCAAGGUGGUCGAGCAGCGGACAGGCAAGGGGAGGCCCACCCCGCCACGCAGAAGCUGCUGCUGCUCAAUUUGGACCUUAGAUGCAUUGGAGGUUGGGCAUGGAGGUGGGGCCGGCGGGCAGAACUUGACUUGGGCCUGGUGUGGUUUUCCUCUCCAGGGAACCCUGCUCUCUGAAUGGACGCCCCUUGUCUGUGUGCAGCCCAAGGCCCUCGUUGCCAGUGCAUCUGGCUAAUUGUGUGCCCUAGUCCAUAAACCUGCUUGGAAUCCCACUUGACAUCUCUAUAGUGUUUUGUAAAUGCCUACAACCUAAGGGAAUAAAUCAAUGCUUACUCAAACACACA